GGCACAAUAGCUGUGGAGUUUCUCGAGCAGGUACCGGAACUAGACGCGAUCCUUGUACCUUCCAGUGGUGGAGGAAUGGUGGCCGGUAUCGCCAUAGCAGCAAAGUUUAUAAAACCAGAUGUCAAAGUGUUUAUUGUUGAGCCUCAGGGUAAAGAUGUAGAGAGAUGUUUACAGGCAGGUGAGCGAUUAUGGCCAAAUCCACCGAGAUUCCUCAACACUAUAGCAGAUGGUAUAAGAUUACAACAACUAGGUCAUGUGACCUGGCCAAUCAUUCUGGAGCUUGUAGAGAAACAAGUUUUCUCACUUAACAAUGAUGAAAUAAUUGAAGGAAUGAAGUUUUGUUUUGAAAGAAUGAAGUUAGUGAUAGAGGCUGCAUCAGGAGCUGGUGUAGCUGCAGCCAUGUCUGAGAAAAUGAGGAACAUGGAUGACAGUAUACAGAAUGUUGGUGUAAUCCUCUGUGGUGGCAACACUGAUAUCAACCAUCUACCUUGGUAUAACUCUUAGAUAAAACAAUUCUUGGAUUUAAAUAAUUUCAAAGAAGAUGAAGAAGGUUGGGUUGCUGUGUAUAGGACAUUGUUAAAACCUAUUUUACUCCAAAAGGUUAUUGUUAUUUUGUAUGUUAUGGAUUUUUUUUUAUCAGAAGAUUAGUUGAUAAGGGCUAAAGAUAAUGUAAUUCUAUACACAUUUGAGCCGCGUCACGACAAAACCAACAUAGUGCGUUUGUGACCAGCAUGGAUCCAGACCAGCCUGCGCAUCCACGCAGUCUGAUCAGGAUCCAUGCUGUUUGCUUACAAACCCUAUUACAAGUAGAGAUACUGAUAGCGAACAGCAUGGAUCCUGAUCAGACUGUGCGGAUGCGCAGGCUGGUCUGGAUCCAUGCUGGUCGCAAACGCACUAUGUUGGUUUUGUCGUGACGCGGCUCAUUUGUUUUUGUGGAGAAUUUAGGUUGUGGUAUCAUCACAUUUUUAAUUUCUAUUUUCAUUUUCAGAUUGGAAUAAAACUUACAUUUUUAGUUUUUAAAACUAAAAAACCACUUUAAUUUGAAAUCCUUAAGAUUCAUAAUUAUGUGUGAUAAAAUGUUUACUCAGCAAUAUCUUUGUACAGUAUAUUUAAGAAAUAAUAUAUCCCAAACAGUGAUUUUAUCGCUCAAUAACAUCACUGUUUGGAGUUCGGAUGCGACGAAUUAUAUCACGAGGGCGUAGCCCGAGUGAUAUAAUGAUGCGCAUCCGAACGACAAACAGUGAUGUUAUCAAGCGAUAAAAUCACCGAUUUUGAUAUAUUAUUUCGAUUCUAACACGACAUCAACAAAUCAAUGCUGCUGUACCUGAUAUUAAGCAAAAUUGCGACUGAUUUGUUUACGUACUUAUUUUCAGCGCGUCACAUUUUCAGUGGUUACGUCACGUGUAUAAUGAUUACGUCACAUAUCUAAAUAUAGAACGUCAAACUGUGACUUUAUAGCAUAAUAACACACACUUUCGGUUCUUCUAUGUUCAAUAGGGAAAAAUACGGGUCGUGUUAGAAUUAUUCAUUUAUAUCAAAGAACAUCAAACUUUUGACUUUUUGAAAGUACAAAAUGUACAGUAUUUAUAAUGUAGAACUUUGAAAUAUUUUUUGUUCCAUUGAAGAAUGGACUUUAUGUUUUGACAUUUAAAAGUAAAAUAUUUUUCCUUUUUUAAAUUUUUUGUUGCUGGGAAAAUAAAAAUAUAGGUUUUCAAUUUUUAAAAGUAGAAAUCAGUUUUAAUUUGAAAAAAUUAAGUUAAAAAUUGUUGUAUUACAUGUAUUGGGUACAUUUAAUUAAAUUUGUACUCUUUUGUUAUACACUAUUUAAUUUAAUUAAUAUCUUAUUAUUAUCUAUUUAAAAUACGUACAUGUAUAAUCAAACUAAUAAUAUUUAAAAAAAUAAUUUUUUCAAAGAUUUUUUAUUUUUCAGGAGGACUUUUUAGAUAAAAUGAGUAAUUUAUAGCUCACCUGAGGACAAUGUCCUCAAGGUGAGCUUUUGUGAUUGCCCAUUGUCCAUUGUCCAACGUGCAUAAGUGUGUGCGUGUGUUCGUGCGUCAACUAUUUCUUUAAACAACUUCUCCUAAACCACUUGGCCAAAUCUGUUGAAUCAUUGCAGGGAUGUUUCUUGCAUGAAGCUCUACCAAAGUUGUUCAAAGAAUUAAAUUCCAUGAAAAACUCUGGUUGCCAUGGCAACCGAAAGAUUGUUUUUACAAAAAUCUGUAAAAAAACUGAAAGAGCUAGAGCUAAGAUAUUUGGCAUGAAAUAUCUUCUAGUAGAUGUUUACCAAGUUUGUUCAAAUAAAAGCUUUAGGGUCAAAAUUGACCCGCUCCAGGGGUCAAUGAUUUUCCUUAUAUGUAUAUAAUAAAAACUUGAAAAAUUUUCUUGUGAAAAUCCAGAAGAGGUAGAGCUUAGAUAUUUGGCAUGAAACAUCUUUUUAUAGAUUUCUACCAAGUUUGUUCAAAUAAAAUCCCUAAAAUCAGUCAUCGUCUGCUUAAACAGAUUCAUGUUUUUGCAUCAUGCUUCAGUGAAUCAAGUCUGCAGUCAGUUAUUGAUGACCCUUUGAGUACAGUAUCUAUUUGUUGGUCAAAGUCUUCAUUGUUGAAUAUAUCCUUGAGAGGCAUUCUGGACAGCUUAUUGCUUACUGGUAUUUGCUAACCAGGUACAAAUUUGACAUUCAAGUCAUAUUUGCUCAUUGUCAGUCACUUCCUCUGUAACCAAGGAGGACAUGCACAAAGAUUUUUCUGCAUGAUUGCGCAUAACGUUAAGUCACUGUGUACAGUCACUGUUCUGCCAUAAACAUAUUGAUGAAACCGUGUACAUGCAAAUACUAUUGCGUUUAAUUUUCUUUCUAUGUCUGUGUAGUGUGACUCUGUGUGGGUCAAUGUCUUGGAUGCAAAUGCUACUGGGCGGACAUCUUGGAAUAUAACAGACCCACUUCCAUAUUUGUCAGAUCCCAGUCUUUCUGGCUUUCUGGCUUAUUGUGAUCAAAAUAAGCCAAUACCAGACUUUCUGUCACAAUCGUUUUUAUUUUGUCAAAUGACAUGAACAUCCCACAUGAAAUUGACAUCUUUUUUCAAUAAUCUUCUCAUUGGACUGGUGCCCUCGGCCAAGUUUAGUGCAAAUUUUUGUAAAAAAAAUGCCAUGUCGAGCUUAUGCUCUAACUCUUGUUUUUGUCGAUGGAACUUUUAGAUUUGUUAUUGCCUUUAUUUUCAAGGGAUCAGGUUUCAGUACUGUUGAUGUGAUGAGGUGUCCGAAGAAAGACACUUCUAUGACACAUUUAUCUGGGUUCAACUUAAUACCUACUUACUUAGCCUUGUCAAGAGCCCUGUGUAAGUUUGUGUAGUUCUCCUCUCGCGAUCUUCUGUAAAUCAAAAUGUUGUCAACCGUCAAAUCCCUCAAAAAUUUCGUCAAUUUUCUGCAUGAAGAUAAUAAUUUUUAUAGCUUGAUGCUGAAAUACCAUACGGAAGUCUAAGCGAGUGGUAUCUGCCAAAUAUUGUGCUAAAGGUCUUCAGAAAAGAUGACUUUUCGUCUAGUUUUACACUCCAAUAAGCAUUUGUAAUGUCUAGUAUGCUGAAAUAUUUUGCGUCCGUCAGGUGUGAUGCCAUGUUGUCAUUAGUUGUCAAAGGGUAAUGUGGCCAUCAUAUUGCGUCAUUGAGGUUUUUAGGGUCAAUACAUAUCCUCAAUUUCCCUAUUUUUUUCUCAAAUAUCAGAAGAGAAUUAACAAAAUCUGUAGAUUCUGUUACUUUUGUUAUUAUCCUCUCUUUCUCCAUGUGCUAAGUUCAGUUUUAAUCGAUCUCUUAGUGCCUCAGGAACCGUGCGGGCGGAUAAAUGAUAGGUAUUGCAUCUGGCCUAAUGUGUCAUUUACUUUUACCUGGGUAGACCAGCCUCUGGAGGAUGUAAUCAUUUAUGUUGAGUUUCUUCAGCUAGCUGUGUCUAAUUUGAAAUUGAGGUAUGUGGAAAGGGCCAACCUUUAUUUGGACGAAUGCACGUUCAGUAAGAGAAGAAAAAUUUACCGUGUCUUUGCAAAAUUCUGUAUUUUCCUCUGCACCUGAAACACUUUUUUAAAAUCCAUUUACAGAACAAAUGUUAUGUACAUUCCUGUUUUUUGAUCUACAUACACUGGCAAAAUGGUUUAAGUUUCCACAAUAAUGGCAUGUCAAGUUUUUGCCUUGACAGAUGUGCUUCUUUUGUCCACAGUUUGAGCAAUUUCCAGCCUUGGAGUUUCCUGCUGCUUGUUUGUGUUAGUCAAUUUGUUGUUGUUGUUGAUGAUGAUGAUGGUGCUGGCGAUGAUUAGGGUGUUUAUUAUGCUCCCCGAAAAAUUUCGGGGGAGCAUUUAGUCGGCGCCUUGUCCGUCUGUCCGUCUGUCCGUCCGUCCGUCUGUCCGUCCGUUGUCUUGUCCGGAGCAUAACUUGAAAACCCUUGGAGAUAAUUUGUUGAAACUUCAUACUGUGGUUAGGGGCAUCGAGGGGGAUUGCAGUGUCAAAGAACCAUAACUCUAUUUUGCCUGAUUUUUGAAUUAUCUCCCCUUAUAGAAAAAUCUUGUCCGGGGCAUAACUCUAAAACUAUAAGAGAUAUCAACAUGAAACAUUGUAGGUAGAUAGAUCUCAUUGAGUAGAGGUGCAGUGCAAAAGAACCGUAACUCUGUUAAGCCUUAUUUUUGAAUAAUCUCCCCUUUUAGAAAAAUCUUGUCCAGGACAUAGCUGUAAAACUAUAAGAGAUAUCAACAUGAAACUUUGUAGGUAGAUAAAUCUCAAUGGGUAGAUGUGCAGUGCACAAGAAUCAUAACUCUACCUUGCCUAAUUCUGGAGUUAUUGCCCUUUGUUUAUUUUUACUUUUUGAAUUGUCCAGGACAUAACUCGGAAAUCAUAAGAGAUAUCAUCAAGAAACUUUGUAGGUUGAUAGAUCACAUUGAUUAGAAGUGCAGUGCAAAGAACUGUAACUCUGCCUUGCCUAAUUUUGGAAUAAUUGCACUUUGAACUUUUUCCACGGACAUAACUCUGAAACUACAAGAGGUGUACUUUCCUGUGUCCAAAACCUUUUCGGGGAGCAUCACCCGGCUCAAACCGGGCUCUUGUUUCUUUGUUUGACGGUGUCUACAUUUUCUCUGCCUAUUGUCCUUAACAGUUCUUGGCAAUAUUUCAUGUUUUGCAUGAUGUGUAUUGUUUUUUCAAGUGUUAGUUUGUCACCUUCAUUAUUUUCACUUUAACUUCUGAAUACGAUCCUAUCGUGAAUCAUUCUGUCUGACUUGUCAAAUUGACAGUCCCUUACCCUGAUCUGUAGAUGUGUUAGGAAGGUAUCAAAAUUGUCAAGGCCCUGUGUCUGGUUGUUUAACUUGUAUCAUGCAAAUAUCAUCAUGGGUCAUAAUUUCUAAUUUGUGUGAAAAUACGAGUUGCCUUUUCAAGCAUUCAUGGAAUUAUGCUGACUUGUCAAGGUCAAGGUAAAAAAAUGUAAAAUGUUAAACUGAUAUCAUUACAAUUAUGUGCAUAUCUAGGACCCCAAAAAGCUGCUUGACAUAUAUCUUCUGUUCAAUUUAUUCAGGUGAGUGAUAUCAACCUACUUGUGCCUCUUGUUUUCAUUUUAAACUGGAUUUUAGAUAGAAAAAAUUCUUUCAAUAGUAUGAAAUUUAGGUUGUCAUUUAUACAUUCUGUUGAAAUUUCAACUUUAGCUCACCUGUCACAAAGUGACAUGGUGAGCUUUUGUGAUUGCUUUUCAUCUGAAAUUUUGAAAAUUGUUCAAAGAAUCCAAUUCCAUGCAGAACUCUGGUCGCCAUGGUAACUGAAAGAGCUAGAGCUUAAAUCUUUGGCAUGAAGCAUCCUCUAGUCAGUGUCUACCAAGAUUAUUCAAAUAAAAGACCUGGGCUCAAAAUUGGCCCCGCCCCGGGGGUCAUUGAUUUUCCUUAGUUGUUUAUAAUAACUUAAACAAUCUUCUUUUAAAAAAACCAAAUAUCUAGAGCUUAGAUAUUAAUCAUGAAACAUCUUCUAGUGGGUGACUACCAAGAUUGUUCAAAUAAAAGCCCUAGUGUCAAAAUUUGCUCCGUGCCAGGGGAUUAUUGUUUUUCCCUUUAUGUAUAUAGUAAAAACUUAAAAAGUCUUCUUUUGAAAAACUCAAAUCAUCAUGAAACAUCUUCUAAUGGGUGUCUACCAAGUUUGUUCAAAUAAAAGCCCCAGGUUAAAAUUUGCCCGCCCUAGGGGCCUAUAUACAGGUGAGCAAUUUCAGGGCCAUCAUGGCCCUCUUGUUUAUGACUGUGUUAUAAUACUAACACUUGUACCCAGGUGCUUUAUAAUAAAAUUGUGUUGUUUAUGCAUUUUAUUUUAUUUAAAAUAAUAUAAUAUACAUAUAAUUUUGUACUUAUACUAGUCUUGAAAUGCAAUUAAUGAUGAAAGUGAGGGUUGUGAAAAGGAUGUUUAUAAUGUAACUUCUUUAUUUCAUACCAGUUCACUUUUUGAACUUCUGAUCUUUAUACCACAAGGUUUUGCAUUUGACCAGACCCUUUAUUGUGAGCUGAUCAGUAUUUGUAUCUUGAUUUUAGUAUGUCUUUUAUCAUUAGAAAUAGUUACAGAUUCCAUGCAGGAAUUAUUUGAUAUUGCAUUUUACAAAUUUAGCAGGGUAAGAGUUCAAACUAUUAUGCCACCUAUAAAAGGGGAUGGGGUUAUAAAUUUGCCUUGUCACACUGUCUUACUGUAGACCGACAAAACAGUGUGGAAUAUGAGGCAUCCGUCUGUGUCCUAUGGACACAUUUCUUGUGUUCAAAUAGACCUUGACAAUCUAAAUAGACCUAGACAAUCUAUAUUGUUUCUGUUAAAUACUGUGAGCUGAUAAUCAAGAGCGCAAUAAAGGACAUUUUAAUUUCUGCACAUUUCUCUAUCUUUAUGCUACAUUCAAAAAAGUAAUUAUAUUGAUGAUUAGCUCUCAACCCUGGGAUCAUGGGUUUCAGCCCUACUCUGCUCAGGACCAUGUUUACCUAAAUUAAAUAAUGUUUAUACUAAAUACAACAUUCAUAUUGAUAAAUUAUUGAUACUGUAAAUUUUGGUGUUAUUUUCCUUUUUUUUUCAUAGUUUGCUCAUUUACCGAUUUUUUAAAAAAAUUUGUUGAGUUCCGAAAGUUACUCAUUUUUAUUAGGGCAGUUUCUGGGCAUUAUGUAUUUUUAUGUUUAAUAACAUAUAUUUCAAUGUGUUCACACAUAAUGAAGUUAAAAAAACAAAUAGAUUAUUACAGUAUUAUGUUUAUUUAUUACAUUUACCUGUUGCUCAUGUAUAUGUAUAUAUACAAAUGUAAAUUUCAACAAAAAUCAAAAUUGUCUUAGCUUAGUAUCUAGCAAAAGUAUCACUUUUUGCAUGCUUAUAUACACCUAUAUGUCAGUCAAAUUAUAUUUUUUCAAUUUUAUUUUUUUAAGAGGCUUGGUCACCUUUUUAAUCCACAUUUUGAAACUUGUCAUUUUGUCAAAUCACUCAUUUUGUGUUUGAAAUUGUACUUUAAUGUUAGAGUUUGAAGCCAUGAUUAUAGCAAACUUCUUUCUUUUUUCAGGUUUUUGUAUCUUUUUCUGUUUUCUUUGCAGUUAAAUUUUAUUUUAGAUCUUGUCUAUGUUUAAAACAAAUUUAUUGUACAAAUGAAGGAAUAUUUAAAGAAAUCACAGAAGUAAAGUGUUAUAAUACUAACCUCUAUUUUUAUUACUCCAGAGAAAAAAUAUGUUGUAAUCAAGUCAAUAUCUUUUGUACUACAGUAUAGUUGCAAUAUCUUUUGUUGUGCAGUGUAAUUAUCUUGUUACAAUGUAUUUAAUUUGCAUUAAUUGAUAUUUUCUUUUAUUAUUUUUAAGAAAGCAUAAUGUUGUGAAUUCUAUAUUCAUAUUUAUUUAAACUUUUCUGUUUUGAAGAAAAAGUCAAACUAUUAUGAUUGCUAGAGUUUCGUUGUUGUUGCCAUCGGCCAUUAUCAUAGCAAAUUGGUUAUUUUUGGAACAUAAUUUUUUCAAAAGCUUGGGCAUUAGAUUAUUUACAAUCACUCAUUCUUUAUCGCUAUUACGGUUAUAAAUGGUUAAAAAUUAUUGAAUACCAAAUAUUGUGAAAAAUAAUGUUCCAGAAAUGACUGAUUUAUUACGAUAUUGGCCGAUGAUAGAAAGUUUUUGGCGGGAAAACAUUGCAGUAAGACUACCAUAAGUAGGAUUCUAUUUAUUUUCUUUAUUUUGGUAAAAAGUUUAAUAUGAGGGCAUCCCUCAUAUUCUAAGAAAACCCAGAAUUUGUAAAUAAGUCUUGACUGUUUCCAUGUUGUCUUCAACAAAUUUUUACCUGUGUAAUGUUUCAUCCAAUAUACAACAAUAUUACAUAAUUAUUGUUCGGUACAGUUUCAGUCCACCUAAAAUGACAUUGUCACAGCAUACAAACUGCGAUGUAUGCACAUUACUUAUGAAACAGAUGUUUACUUAGUCAUAAUGUGUUUUGUUAUAAUAAUUUUGUUUUUCUUGUAGAGGGGAUAUAUUACAAACAAAUAUAGUCAGGUUGUAAUAUGCAUCUUCAAUAAAAAAUAUUGAAUCUACGACUUAAUUCUGGAUAUUUCUAGAUCAUCCCUCGUACUUCAGAAAUCUUCUGUAAUCAUCCACACAGUUGCCAUAUUAAUUUCAAUAGUAUUACUAAUUAAAAUAUUUAUAAAUAUAUGAGAAAUCCUUGUUAAAACCACUAGCCAUAUUAAUUUCAUAUACAAGUAUUAUGUUAUUAUUGUUAUACAGAAUAAGAAAAUAAUAAAGCAAAUAUAAAUCCACAUGUGUUUUUAAUAUA